GGAAAUGGAAUAAUUCACUUUGUUGUUUUCGAAAAUAACACAAGACUGGUGGCAUAUCGUCACUAUUAUCGUGGUAUCUUUUCUGUUCCAAAUUGGAAAAAUGGGGAUCAUGGACGUAACAACCGUUGAUCAGUUCAACGAUGUCACAUCCAGCUCGAAAUUGACUGUGGUGCAUUUCUGGGCACCAUGGUCUCAGCCAUCUGUGGAUAUGAACAAUGUAUUGGAGACGUUGAAUCCAGAAUAUCCAGAUGUACAGUUUGUGAAGGUGCAGGCAGAAGAGCUGCCAGAUAUUAGUAUGCGUUGUGAAGUGUCUGCUGUUCCGACCUUCGUCUUCUUCAGGGUGAAAAAAGCAGUGGAUCGGCUCGGCGGUGCCAACGUCCCCGAGUUCACCAAGCGCCUCAAGCAGCUAGCGGCAGUCGAUGCUACCCCGGAACCGCUCAAGGCAGCAGCGCCAGUUAGUGCGGAGGCAUUGAACGAGAAGUUGAAGGGACUCAUCGAAUCUGCAUCAGUCAUGCUGUUCAUGAAGGGAGAUCCCCAGACGCCUCGCUGCGGAUUUAGUCGUCAGAUCGUGGCGCUUCUAAAUGAGAAUAAAGUAACCUUCAGUACAUUCGACAUUCUUACAGAUGAUCAGGUGCGACAAGGUCUGAAGAAGUACUCCGACUGGCCCACCUUCCCUCAGCUCUAUAUCAAGGGUGAACUGGCAGGUGGCUUGGACAUUGCCAAGGAACUUGUUGCCAAUGGUGAGCUGAAGGAGAUGGUCGCGUAACGAGAAUGUGUGCAAGACCCGUGUUACACUCCCAGUGUGUGUGUGUGUAUGCACAGUGCUACUGGCUGUGGCUACAUGCUUACAACAGUCAAACAAGUGAUCGUCAUGCUGGAGUCUUCUGUUACAUGUACCGAAAUGCCGUAGCUAACCACCAAGUUCGUGCUAAGGAUUUGACAACCAUGGAGUGCCUCUGUACAGAAACCUAAACCCUUGAAGGACUAUUUUACCAUUUUUCAUUUCGCUCUCCAUGGCAUGGGCCCAGAGUCAAGCAACUGGCUUUGCUGACCAACGUCUUACUGCUUUGGCCUGGUGCCCUGCAUGCAUGCAUGCUACAAUUCCCCAGCCACCGCAUUGAACAGCUGUAACGACACGUUUGGUGUGUGUGUGUGUGCACGCAUGCGCGUGUGUGGGUGUGUGUGUGUGGGGUGAAUGUGGUUUGAAGAGGGCACAGCUGCCUGCGCUAUACCAUCGAUCAGAUUUUGUGUUGAUUUUUCAGCUUUUCUAAUUCACUAACAAGUAAAUGUUGUUAUGCUGUAUGAAAAAUGAUUUUGCUUCA